GUUACAGCAGUAAAUCUGGGAUAACGGAAGCCAUUUUAAGAUCAACAACUGAAGUGUCUUCAAGUGCAAUAUUAUUUAUAAUAUUUUAAUAAUAAUAACAAAAAAAAAAAUAUAAAAAGUAUUUGUGUCCUGUUAAUUAAUAGUGCGUAAUUAAUUUAAAAGAAAAAAAAAUUUUAUUAAAAACACGGACAAAAGUAAUUUUGUGAUAAAAAAAAAUUUGUGUUGUUUUUCUCGACUUAGUGACCUUUUCUGUGAGUUUAACUCAGUGAAUAUGAUGUCGACGUUUAAAUUUGCACCAAUAAAGGUGUAGCUUAUUUAGAACUCACUACGUAAUAUAAGUGGGACCGAGUGAUUUCUCGUACGUCGGACCAAAACAAACUAAAUACUGAUAAAUAGUUUGUGUUGGGUAUUAAUUUUAGAUAAGGGUGUUUAGUUAGAAAUAAACAUUCGUCGGGCGCCCUGGAAGGAUUAAAAGUUAAAACCAUGGGCAAUAAUGCCGCUACGGCGAACAAAAAGGUGGACGCUGCCGAAAGUGUUAAAGAAUUCCUCGAUCAAGCCAAAGAGGAAUUUGAAGAAAAAUGGAAAAAGAAUCCAACAAAUACUGCUGCAUUAGAUGAUUUCGAACGGAUAAAAACGUUAGGUACGGGUUCAUUUGGACGUGUUAUGAUCGUUCAACAUAAACCAACAAAAGAAUAUUAUGCAAUGAAAAUUUUAGAUAAACAAAAAGUUGUGAAAUUAAAACAAGUUGAGCAUACGUUAAAUGAAAAACGUAUUUUACAAGCGAUCAGUUUUCCAUUUCUUGUCAGUUUAAAAUUUCAUUUUAAAGAUAAUUCUAAUUUAUAUAUGGUUUUAGAAUAUGUACCAGGUGGUGAAAUGUUCUCACAUUUACGUAAAGUGGGUCGUUUUUCUGAGCCACAUUCACGCUUUUAUGCAGCACAAAUUGUAUUGGCAUUCGAGUAUCUACAUUAUUUAGAUUUAAUUUAUCGUGAUUUAAAACCAGAAAACUUGUUAAUCGAUUCACAAGGUUAUUUAAAAGUGACUGAUUUCGGGUUUGCAAAACGUGUUAAAGGUCGUACAUGGACAUUAUGUGGUACACCAGAAUAUUUGGCACCGGAAAUUAUUUUAAGUAAAGGUUAUAAUAAAGCUGUUGAUUGGUGGGCAUUAGGUGUACUUGUUUAUGAAAUGGCUGCCGGUUAUCCACCGUUCUUUGCCGAUCAACCGAUACAAAUCUAUGAGAAAAUUGUUAGUGGUAAAGUGCGUUUUCCAUCACAUUUUGGAUCCGAUUUGAAAGACUUAUUACGUAAUCUAUUACAAGUUGAUUUAACUAAACGUUAUGGGAAUUUAAAAGCCGGGGUGAAUGAUAUCAAAGGUCAUAAAUGGUUCGCAUCAACUGAUUGGAUUGCCGUGUUUCAAAAGAAGAUUGAAGCACCGUUUAUACCGCGUUGUAAGGGUCCAGGUGAUACAAGUAAUUUUGAUGAUUACGAGGAAGAAGCAUUACGAAUCUCAUCAACUGAAAAGUGUGCCAAGGAGUUUGCUGAAUUUUGAGUGAUUACAAAAUAUCUCAUUUUCUCAUAAUCCAAUCCAAAAUUCAUUUUUGAUUAUUCCUCUCAUAAAAUGGAUUUUAUUAUUACCUCCUACCCUCUCCAUCACUACCACCCCCACCUCCCCCGCCGACCUCUCCUCAUAUUCUAACGAGAGUUCCGUUGCGUUUGUUUGUUUUGUGUAGUUUGUGCGCGGGGCCGACAACUAAAAAAGUGAAAAUAUUUGGAAAAUUGUCUCAACUUAAUUUGCGAAUUUUUAAGUGAAUUUACUUUUUUCUUUUUGGAUUUUAAUUCAGUGUUUGAGAUUUUCCUCAGCAAGGACAUCCAGUGUGGAUUUUUUAAAACAGGUUUUAUGUGUUUUGGGAACAUAAGUCCCUAAAAAUAAUUUUUAAACUGAUUUUAAACAAAUAUUUUUGUAAGUUUUAAUUUGUUAUCCCUUGAUUUAUUUCAAAAACAAAUGCAGCGUGCUCACGCUUUUAAAAAACAAACGAGAGGAGAUUUCCCCUCGUGAGAGAGAGCGAAAAAAACAUACAAAAAACACAAAAAAAGGGGCUUCCUAUGUUUUAUCCAAGUUUUGUAAAUUUUAUGUGAAAACGGAGUAAGUCCGUUUUAAAUUUUUCCCUGUUGUAAAAUUUUGUAAAAGCGAAGAAGAAAAAAAUGGUUUUGAUUGGUGUGUUUCUCGAAAAGGAACCGUUUUUUUUGGACCUUAAUUUUGUUGGAACAAUACACACACACACACCUACAUAGCCCUGCCGUUCGCUGCCAUUUUUCGUAAUUAGUUUAAAAUAUAAAAAUCACCCAUAUAAAAAAAAAGCUUUUUUUUUUGAAGUGCCCAAUUAAUUGUUUGCUAGGAUAAAAAGAAAAUUUAAGCGCUUUAUUUUUUAAUUCAAGUGCUCUUAGGUUUCUUAGUAUAAAACUCAAGUAACAUAAAAAGUAGGUCUGGAGCUGGGUUUAGUAUUUGAUACUCAUUUCAGAAUGAUCUUUUCGAACAAUUUUUUCUUAACGAAAAUUUGCAUAGCCGGAGAUUUCUUAGCGGAAAUUCGGACAAAAUGGUUUUUGCCCGACACUAGAAAUUUUGAAUAUCGCCCUCAAUAAAUUUAAGCUUGUUACGGAAUUUAAAAUUGCCCAAGUCUUCUGAAUAAGAAGUCUUGACUAAGAAAAGUGGCUCUAGAAUUUCCAACUGUUUAGUCUCAUCAAAUUAGAUGAAAUUUCGUAUGACUUACAGAAGUGCAGGAAUUCACGGUUCAGCAAAAUUUUCAUAUGCGAUGAAAAAAGGGGUGCUUUCGGUAAAAUCAACGAUUUACCUCGUUUUUCCGGAAUUUUUUGCAAUUUAUUCGAAAACUAUACAUUUUAGAGAAAAAGUGGGUUAGAGAAAGUUAUCGUGCGUAAAAUUUCUGAUCGAUUUGUAUAUAUGGGCAUUUCCGUCCAUAUUUUCUGAAAAAUCAACUUCAAUUUACAA